AAACUCAAACCUCCGUCCACUCUCGCUCAUCAAACGCGCUCCCACCCUCCACUCCAUUCUUCCACCAUAUCAGCCUUGCCUCAUUAGGGUUUCGGUACCGAGAGAGAAAGUACAAUGGGAAGGGGAAGGGUUCAGCUGAAGCGAAUCGAGAAUAAAAUAAACCGGCAGGUGACGUUCUCGAAGCGGAGAUCGGGUUUGCUUAAGAAGGCGCACGAGAUCUCCGUGCUCUGUGAUGCUGAGGUUGCUGUGAUCGUUUUUUCCAAUAAGGGAAAGCUCUAUGAGUUUUCCACCGAUUCCAGCAUGGAGAAAAUUCUUGAACGGUAUGAGCGUUAUUCAUAUGCUGAAAGAGCGUUAUUUUCCAAUGAGGCCAACCCCCAGGCUGAUUGGCACCUUGAAUAUCACAAACUGAAGGCAAGGGUUGAAAGCCUACAGAAGAGCCAAAGGCACCUUAUGGGGGAGCAACUCGAUUCCUUGAGCAUUAAAGAACUCCAACAUCUAGAGCAACAACUUGAAAGUUCCAUGAAGCAUAUACGAUCUAGAAAGACACAGCUCAUCCUAGAUUCAAUUUCCGAGCUACAAAAAAAGGAAAAAAUAUUGCUGGAGCAAAACAAGACCUUAGAGAAGGAGAUUAUAGCUAAAGAGAAAGCCAAAGCAUUGACGCAGAUUGCACCUUGGGAGAAGCAAAACCUGUCCCAGUAUAGCUCUGCACCCCUGCAUGUGAUUUCCGAUUCUGUCCCAACUCCUACCAGAACGUUUCAAGCAAGAGCCAAUGAAGAAGAAUCACCUCAGCCACAGUUAAGAGUAGGCAACACUUUACUACCACCAUGGAUGCUCAGUCAUAUAAAUGGUUAAAAAGAAUCUGUAAUCAAAUUUUAACAAGUUUCGCACUAUCUGAUGAAUGAUUAAUGUAACCGGUCAUAUUAAGUAUUGUACCCUUCCUUGUAUAUUUAUAAAUAACACAGCUUUGGCACAGUAUGAAGUUAGCUAAUUUUUAAGCAUUGUAGAAGCUAAGGUCAUUUGUAUAGUUCCCUGAAUUAUGUCUAUGAUAUCAAUUUCUUUUGGACUGAUGACUGCCUGAGUGGAGUCUGAGCGCAGAUCUAUUUUAGCUUGAGAUUUCCACUUUGUGCCAUUUAUUGUAUUAAAUCAAACAACUUCUUAACACCAUAAAGAUAUAGUUCUAUCAACA